CCUAGUCUAUAGGCCCUACCGCGCAACAGCUGCUGUAGUUAUAGGCAAAUUACUGUUCCUGACUAUUACUUAAUGAUACAUAAAUAACAUAAAUCAACCUCCAUUUGUGUCGUAUGGCCUGCUGCUGUAUUCUGACUUUGCGACGAAAAAACAUCUGAUUGCAGUAUCAUUUUGUAUGAUUACAUGUUCAUGCACUAGUAUUCAGUUAUGGAUUCGCCAGCAGUGGCAGACGAGGUAUUGAACCUAAAUGUUGGGGGUUGCAUCUAUACAACAAGCCGCUCUACGUUGACACGUUUUCCGGAUUCAAUGCUAGGAUCAAUGUUCAGUGACCGCUUACCAUCUAACGUUGAUGAUUGCAAUCGCUACGUCAUUGACGGAGACGGUCCAACAUUUCGACACAUUCUAAAUUUCCUCCGUCGAUCAAAGCUUAUCCUUCCUGAUAAUUUUCAAGAGUGGGAUAUCCUAUCGGCUGAAGCAGACUUCUACCAGAUACAAGAACUCAUCCAACUUAUCGACGAAACAAGAGAACAAAAUCGACAGUCACAGAUUGAAGAGCAAGAAGCUAUUAAAUCAUACGAAUUCUUAGAGGUAGAAUUUGAAUGCGCCAAUGGACAGUGGCUGAUAUUUGGCAAACCAAAGCUUGUUGGUCAAUUAUCAGCAAUUAAAUGUUGUUUUGCGCAACUUGCAAACUAUAAGAGUCAACUGAAAAAGGCCGAGGUUUAUGGAUUGACAACCCCCAGAGGAAAAUCUGUAAAGCGAUUACAAUUGUUCAAAGAAAUAACCGAACUUGGCUUUAUGUUGGUUUGCACGUCCUCUAGUGGUGGUGACGAACGUUCAACAGACAGGUGGACGUUUUCAAGACAUGUUGCCGAGGAUUUCUUAAACAUAUGAUCCAUUACAAUUGAGUCACUGAGACAGAAUUAGUUCUCAAUUUUACUGGAAUUAUUUUUCUGCUCCAGGUUACAGUAUCAUAGGCAUAGAGGACUAAUUUUGGCAUCUUGGGAUUUCUCAUUUUGGCUUAUCUAUAAAAUUCUCAGUCGUAAUGCGUUAUAAUUCAAUUUAAAAAAAUGUAGUCCUACUUAUUGGUGGGCAACAAAUAAUACUAAAAACCGUUUCAGCUAUUAGGCCUAAGCAGGCCUAGAAUCAAUUUCAGAAAAAUACUACUCAAUUUAUAGCAACUUCAGUACAUCCUACACUUAGCACUUGAUUCUUUAUUCGCCAAUAGUUGACUUUUCAUCUUGUACAGUAUUAUCGUCAGAGCAACAUAACUGAUUCAGUCGGCUAAUGGGAGCCAUUGUGUGCACUGCUUGGAUGUCAAUUCAUUGGUCCGGUUCAAUUCCAACCAGAUAGGCCUACGACUACUGUCUUAAUUAAGGAGGUAUUAACUAAAUAUCCCUCCUAGCCUUAAUUAACCAACUGGACCAUUGAGGUUUUUGUUGGAAGUUCGUAUCCGAUUUGAGGCAAUUGAUUUCACAAUCGGUAUGCCGAUAAAACAUGAAGAGUACGGUAUUCGACCGAAAAACGUAAAACAGAGAUAAAAAAGAUCAAUGUGAUACGCCCUCUUCCAAUUAAACGUCCAGCAAAGACGAGAUCUCUAAAGAGAAAAGUGUUGUUACACAAAGAGAUAUAAAACCAUACACCACCUUGCGGUUAGGGCCUAAUGAUUUAUACGUAUAAUUGUAAAAGGUAAAGAAGAGGAAUCUGCGAAUGUAAACAAAAUGUUUUCUUAUACUGUAUAUAAAAACAUAGAUUAUAUGAAAUACAAGCCUUAAUUUCAGUUUGUGGCUGUUUCAUAAGAACCGAAAUUAUCCUGAGCUAACAACUUUUCGUUAAAUACUGUAAUAACGUUGCAGUUUUUGGUUCAAACGGGUUUUUAAGUAGUUAUACAUCGUAUAACGUAAUUUUAAAAAUAAGUUGCUGCCACCUUCGGGUUCAAACGGGUUUUUAUACAUCGUAUUACGUAUUUUAGAACUAAAUUGCUGUCAGAAUCAUUGUAUUAACCUAAUUUUCUGACAACCUUACCACAACGUUCGCGCGUGUUACUUUGUGUUAGCUGGUAUGGACAUUCGACCAACCGACCCUGAUUUGAAUGGGGGGAUAGGCUGUCAGAAUGCAUGAUCAUGCAAGUUUCUCAUAAUUAUUAUAGUGAUGCGAUAAAAUCUCCUAAUUUUUGUUCGCUGUUUUCAGAUUUUCAGAUGUUUGUACAGGCAUAGUAUUAUGCCUAUGUAAAAACAGUUGUAGUUGUAGAAAAUCUGAAAACAGCGAACAAAGAAGGACCAUGUCCUAACCGUGUCACUCUCCAAACAAAGAGGAGAAAUUAAGUGCAUUGCCCAUGGGACGAAACCCUCCGUCGCGUCGGUCCGAGCGAAAGCAUCUCCUAUCUAUUACAAAUUGUAGGUUACUUUCAAAAUUACGUCAAGGCUUAUAGUGGAAUAAAUAAUUCUGUAUUGCCGAGUGGGUUAGGCCCGGAUGAGGAAUAGAUAUUUUCUCCAUAUGACCAAGAUAUUACAUGAUAAUCAUACAAUUCCUCCUCUAAAUAAAGAUUGAAGUAUCCGACCGUAAUAACCUGUCUGUCCUAUACCAUUAAUGUUAUCGUAGUGAAUACCCUUGGGCGAUGUCCCGGUGGCAACAUUAUAAGUAGGGCCUACAAUAUGCACUAAUACAACAAAAGCCAACUUGACAUUUCCAAAUUUCUUAUAGCUCUAUGAUAUUUCUGUACUUACGGCACCCGUGUGAGUUGAUAUGAGCAUACUACAAUAAUUCUGGAUUUAUAAUAAUGUGUCAUGUCUGAACAUAAUACGGGCCACGCUGGCCAAAAUGCAAAAAUGCGGAGCAUGCCCAACAUAAGAAAAAAAAAUGUAAAACUAUAACAAAAACAAGCUGACUUUUAAUGUUAUACCUGUGUUGAAGUUUUAGAUAAUCGUAUGUCGUUGGUAACAUAUUUGAUCCUUUUCAAUAGAGUAUGUUGUGUGUAUUAUUAAGGCCUAGGCCUAAUUGAAAUUUUAUAUCACGACAGACGUUAACACAGAUGUUGCCAUAACAUUAACAUAUUGGAAGUAGAGAAAAGUAUAUUGUAGUUCAGUAAACAACAAACAGUUAUUAUUUAACUAUAACAUCGCUUAAAUUGAAGCUUGCGUAAGUUAUUAAGUCAUGUCAGAUUUGAUUUUCAUUUGUAUAAUAAAUACUUAGACUGACUCAAAUCAACUA